UGGCGGAUCCCAGACGCUCGCGCAUCCUCAGUGCGCAGUAUCUGAUAGCGUUACACAGUGCGGUAUUUUCGGGCCAGGCUGCGGUCAUUCUCAGCGCGCUGGUUUGUGGGGGUGAACGGCAACAUGUCAACGCGAACGCUGCCUCUUGUGUUUAUUAAUCUCGGAGGGGAAAUGCUGUACAUCUUGGACCAGCGCCUGCGAGCGCAGAAUAUCCCCACCGACAAAGCUAAGAAAGUGAUGAAUGAUAUCAUCACCACAAUGUUCAACAAGAAGUUCUUAGAGGAGCUUUUUAAGCCACAAGAGCUGUACUCCAAAAAGGCUUUGAGGACGGUUUUUGAUCGACUUGCCCAUGCUUCUAUAAUGAGACUUAACCAAGCCAGUAUGGACAAGCUUUAUGACUUGAUGACUAUGGCUUUUAAAUAUCAAGUCCUUUUAUGCCCUCGCCCUAAAGAUAUUCUACUUGUGACCUUCAACCACAUGGAUGCUAUAAAGGAGUUUGUGCGAGACACCCCCAGCAUUCUCAGCCAGGUGGAUGAAACAUAUAGGCAACUCAUCCAGAUAUAUACUCCUUUAUCUUGUGGGGAAUUUCAACUAAUUAGACAAACAUUGCUCAUCUUCUUUCAGGAUAUGCAUAUUAGAGUGUCUAUAUUUCUGAAAGACAAAGUGCAAAAUUCCAAUGGACGUUUUGUACUUCCUACAUCAGGACCUCUUCCAUAUGGCACUCACUCCCCAGGACUCAUACGAAUGUUUAGCUGUAAUGGUGAGGAGGUGAAGAGGUUGCAGUUUCGUGAUGGGGGAAACUACACAGCUGCUCUCCGUGAGGGUUCUUUCGAACUGUUUGGUGACCGAGUUAUCAAGCUAGGCACAAACAUGUAUAGUGUAAGUCGCCCCGUGGAGACACACAUGUCUGGAACCUCUAAGAUUUCAUCACAACGCACAAAGGUCAACACAAUACCAAACCCACUGGCAAAAGAAGAGCUGAAUCUACUUGCAAAACUGAUGGGAGGUUUGGAGAUUCGAAAACCAAGCAACACUGACUCUGGUUUCCGUGUCAACCUCUUUGCUACUGAUGAGGAGGAAGAGGAGGCUUUGAUAUCAAGACCAGCGGAGCUCUCUUACGGAGUAAUAAAUAUUCAAGCAACCAAGGAUAGCCAAGCUAAUGCAGAGUUGGUAAAGAUCAUGGGGGAGUUCACAGAGUCAGAAGAACCAGUUCCAAGCUCCAGCAGCAAAGGUGAUGACCUUUUGGCAAUGAUGGAUGGCCUCUGAUGUGCAGAGAAUAUACAUUUGGAUUUUGUAAAACAGUCUAGCUUGUGCAUGGUGUGCUUCGCGGUCUCAUGCAGAAAGCUGAGAGAACAGCCAUCUUUUAAAAUGCCAAUAACUAGGAGCUGUGUUUGCACUGGUAGUCGAUCAUUGUCCGACACCAUCCAUCCUGUUUGGGUGCAGCCGAUGUUGGGGAUUCUUUAAAUCUGAGCAGUUGCUGUGAAAUCAUAACUUAAUGUUAAUGUAAAUUUCACUGGACAAACCAGUUGUUCCAUCAACAAAUGUCAUUCAUGGACAUUAACUCCAUGAAAAUAUCAAUUAAAACUCGGGAAAGGUAUUGGCAACCUUUUCAGAAUAUGAGUUAACCUCUGUUAAAACAUCAGUACAAUAACAAAGCACCAGGGCAGUUACUAAAACUGCACAUACAAACGUUUACAGCUAAACUUAACCAUAGCGUAAUGGUUUAUUGCGCCAUACAUAGCCUUGCCAGCUACAGGCUGGAAUUAAAACACUAAGAAAAGUGAUUUCCUGUGGAGGACUUGUAAACUGAUGUCAUCUCAGUUCUACCUUUUUUAAAAUAAUACUGACAUCACUUUCAUUGAGAUUUGCACUUUGUGUAGCUGUGUUUUACCAAUUUGUAUUCCUAUACCAACUCCUUGUGGAAGCUUUAAUACUUAUGUACACUACAUCCUGUUCCUAUCAUAGCCUUGUUUCGUUAUAAUGUGAUACCCUGUAAUGCUUAGAGUAGCUAUAUAUAAUAUAGUUCAACAAGGUAAUAGAAAUGCUAUGAACUUUGUCAAAACUAAGGAGUAUGACUCAUGAGAAAUAGAAACUACACCUUCUUUACAACUGUUUUUUUUUUAUUAAUUUUGGGUCAUAAUAACAAAUAAUCUGGUCCUAGGCAGGUUUCAGUAUGAAUUUAAAUACAGCUUAGAUGAACAACAUCACAUGACAUAUUACAUGUGUUGUUAUGUGGUUCACCAAAAUGGAGAAGAUAUGCAUAAAAACCAUAAUCAUAAGUAUAUCUUAUGAUUCGAUAGCUCGUAGAACCUUAUUUUGCAGCAAUAAACUAAAGAAAUCAUGUGCUGUAUGACUUUUAUCAGUUUCUCACAUUGGUGUGGAGGUAUUUUUGACUCACUCUUCUUAACAAUAUUGUUUUAGUUUUUAUUUGUUUAUUCACAGCUCUCUUGAGGUCCUGCUACAGCAAUUCAGGCAAGUUGAGGUCUGGCCUUUGACUGGGCCAUUGCAACAUCUUGAGUUUGUUUUCUUUUAGCCAUUUUGUUGUAGAUUUGCUGGUGUGCUUAGUGUCCUGUUGCGAUUACAGGCAUUAGCUGCCAGACACAUAGCCCCACAUUUGACUCUAGAAUAUUUGGUGCACAGCAGAGUUCAGUGACUGCAAUGAUCUGUGGCCCAUAUCAUAAUCAUCCCCCCAAGCCCUCCCUAAACCUAAGCCAUGCUGCCUUCUUCUUGUUGAUGUAAAUCUUGUUUGCAGUUAUAAUUAUGAGCUUUAAAUUGUUUGGACAUGGCCUUAUAACCUUUCCAAGACCGAUGGGCAGCCACAGUCACCUUGAUGCCUUUUCCUCUUUGGCAUUGUGUUAACACACACCUGAAUGCUCCAGAUCAGCAAACUACUAAAACAUAAGCUUUUUCAAAGGUGGCCACACUUGCUGAUAAUCAGCUAAUCAAGAUGAUUUGAUCAGUAGCACUCAGCUAUUGCAUAGCCUUUUAAUAUAAAUAAUUAGCUUUUUAUUUUUGUAAUUAUAAAUAAAGACACGUCAUGUGGUGGUGUUCAUUUGAGGUUGUAGUUACCUAAUUGUAAGGCCUGCUAAGGACCAGAUGAUUUUUAUUAUGUCCUGAUACACAAAACCAUAGAAUUUGAAGAGAGUGUGCUUUCUUUCAGUCUAUAUAUGAGAAUCUCAUACUUACACCAGAGAACAAAGAGUAAAGAGUAAAUGAUCAUUUUUAGCUUGAAUGCUGCAUGCUUGGCUGCAUGUGAACCUUAGGUGAAAUAAUGACAGAUGUACCACAAAUUCAAAUCUGAACCCAUAACAUUUAAUUAGUAUUGACAAAAUAAAUUAUCAGUCAUAACUAUCAGAGUUAGCUGUCUCAAAAUAAGAUCAAUUAAAAGGUCUCUGCUUGUUGUAUUCUUUGGUUCUGCAUUUUUCAUCUACCACACCCACCCACACACACACACACACACACACACACACACACACACACAUAUGCGACCUUUAGAUUAGAAAACUGAAUCAUCUUUUUGCAUGAAAUGCACUUGAGUGCUAUAGAGGCCCUGUAACUGGCCUUAGUGUUCAGGGUUUUUUUGUGUAAUUUUCAGAUAUUUCAGUUAACAUGUGAAUUUAUUUGAAUGUAUAUUAUUUUAAUUUGUCACCUAGUAAAAUUGUGUAAGAUGUGUACAGAUGUGUAAAGAUUGCAUAAAAUACCCUCCCUAUCAUGUUUAAAAUAUGUUAACUUAAUUUUCUGUGUUUUCAAUCAUUCAUAAUGUUUAUUCAUACAUAAUUCACAAAAUAAAAAUUAAGACAUCCAA